AUGAUCCAAACAGCUGUCCCCGAAAUCUUCGAGGAUGACUCGACAUCGGUGGUAGAGAUCCGCACAGAGAACUUGCAGGCUCUACGAGAAUUGGGCCCGCCGGAUCUGGUGCACCUCGUCAAGCAGCCCGUCAAGUCGACCAGCAAGCAGGUCGGAGUCUAUCACCACGUUACCGGUACAGAUGCCUCGUCCUCUGCCAGUCUCGCAGCCUACAUCAACACCCUCGUCUACUCUCCCCAUGACAAGACCAACAAGGUCACCUCCGGUCUCUACUGCUGCUACAAUGCCUUUUCCCGCCUCGACAUGCGCGUUCAAGUCCAGAUUCCUGGCACCGUAGAAAGCUACUGCGUCAACGAGCGUGGUGACAAGCUCGAAGCUUCCGACGAACACUGGCUCGAAACGUACCUGUGCAGCGUCCUGCGCGCCUACUCGUACGCCGAUGACGGCUCCGGGGACACAAUCAAGAAGAUUGUUGGCGUCCGUCGCUUCAACCCCAUCACAAACACCGAGGCCGAGCACAAGUUCCUGGACGCUGCUGAGCGUCUGUUCUUUGCUGGCUGGCAGCUAGGCUCCGACCCCGAGAUUCAAGUCCCAAACCUCGUAUCGAACCAUCUCACCACUGGCCUCCUAAACUACAUCCGCACCACUGGCCGCUACACCUCAGGAAUCAACUUAUUCGAGAAGCUGCGCACGCGCGACCCCGAGAUCUGCUCCCUCCUCGCCCGUGUCUACAUUAUGGGAGACGAAGAAGUCAAGGCUGUACAACUGCUCCGUGAGGCCAUUCAUCAGAUGCCCAUGGACUACCCCUUGCUCGACUGCCAGGCCGAAUAUUGUUUGUCCAAGGGCAGAAGCGACUUGGCGCUGGAGAUUGCGAAGCGAAGCGUCAUCUCAGCUCCCAGCGAGUUCGCUACCUGGGCGAGACUGGCCGAAGUCUACAUCAGUCUCGAGCAGUGGGACAUGGCUCUGUUGACCCUCAACUCGUGCCCCAUGUUCACCUACCAGGACAAGGAUUCACCACGCAUGCCCGAACCUGCUCGCGUCUCUCUUCCACUUGCGCCAGAAGCCAUGUGCGACGAGAUUGACGACUCUAACACUGUAGGAGAAGAACUCGUACACCCCAACCUGCGUAGAUUGAGCGCUGCAAACUACAAGGGAACUUUCCAAAAAGCAUACUCUCUGUUGACCGAGGUGACGAAGCGCAUUGGCUGGGACCACCUUCUCAAGAUCCGUAGUCAGGUUUUUGUCAUGGAGGAAGAGUACCGCCACGAGAGACAAGCCGUUGUCCAGCAGGAAGCCCACUCACGCAGCGCUAGUACUACUGCUCUGCGAAGUCCUGCUGCUACUGACGACCGACCAUCAACUGCUGGGUCAGUCUUCACAAACGGCGACACGCCUCCCGCAUCUGCUUCGCUCGGCGACGAUGUGUCCAAGCCACAACACACCGUCAACGCAGUGCCAUCCAUGGAAACCCCUGACCCUCAGCCACCAGCGGCUGAUCCACAACAUAUACAAUACACCCAAUUCCAGCACAAGCGUCUUUGUGAGCGCUGGCUGGACAAUCUCUUCAUGGUCUUGUACGAGGACUUGCGCAUCUACACCAUCUGGAGAACGGAAGCUCAGCAAUACAAGUCGCAACAACUCGCCUACAAGAAGUCCGCCGACGAGUGGGAGAUUUUGGGUGAACUUGCAGAUCGCCUGCACAGACCCGAUGAUGCAGCUGAAGCAUGGGAAGCUUGCCUCAACAUGCGCUUUUCGCCAAAGGCCAUGCGCGGUAUUCUGUCUGCAUAUGAGAGGUACGGUGACGUGCGCGGAGAAUUGGGUGCUCUGAUCAGACUCAUCGCUUGGCAGUACAAGUGGUACUCAGAGUUCUCACCAUCUUUGGUCCAUGUUAUCCGGAAGUUGAUCGAAGAAGAAGGCGCCGUCAAGGUCAGGAGCAUCAUCCAGGCGACAUCUCUUCCUCAGCAUAUUCUGGAUCUGACACAUCAAUACGCUGGUCUGUGUGCGGCCUUCAGGAGUAGCGGAAGCGAGGCUUGA